AUGUGCAUCGGACCAUAUAAAAUGAAGCCCUAUGAACUUUUUACCAUUUUGGGUAUAAUUUCACUGAUUCAAAGUAGCAGUGCACAGUGCAACGACGGUGAGAGCUUGUCCUUCGUGCGUUGGACAGGAGUGGCCCCUGAACGUGCCGCCCCAGUGUUCAUGUAUGCAGCCAGCGGAGAAGAGGAAUCCUUAACGGGAGUGUGCUUGGCAAGGUGUCGGGAGCUGGAGGAUUGCGCUGCUGUUGUGGUGGAGUACAGCAAUGGAAACUGUCAUGGCGUCAAUGAGGCAUUUGGAAAGAUGCGUGGCGAUAACGAUGUCGCCUAUUUCAGCAAAGUUUGUUUGAAAUUGCCAUUAAGGUGUAAGAAUCGCUGGUGGGCUUUAGAGAGUACUCCGGGCUAUUACUUGCAGUCAGAUACGAGAGGAAAAUCUCUACUUAAUUUCACUGAACAGCAAUGUUACAAAGCCCUUCUCUCUGCGGAAGGAAUUAAUCAAUAUCGUUCUGCGCAAUGGAUUGAACCUGAGAACAAUUUAAGUACGUUUGAAAUUGUUACGACUGGCAUUGGCAACUGUUUAUUAAACGUAGAGAACAAAUUCACCGAACCCGAGUCGUACCGCGUGUCGAACUACUACACGUUCUAUAUUGAGAGCCAGUGCGACCAUGACUAUCCGAAGAGAAUAGACAGAUGUUCUUAUGAGGAAUAUUAUAAUCAAACAUUAAAACACGUUGAUUUGACAACAAACAAUAUAACAAAACAUGAGUGUAAAACAGCAUGCGAGAUGGAGGAGCGUUUCGUGUGCCGUGGCUUCACCUGGACAAUAAAAAACAGUGGAGGAAAAAGCGAAGCACCUCGUGGUCUCUGUGACCUGCACAGUGAGGAUCUGGUCACGGCAGGUUCUUGGCUAUUGCGUCGCACCACAGGCGCCACUUACUACCGUCGUGUCAUCUGCCUUAAUAUUAGUGUAGAUUGUCAAGGCUCCGACAUGGUGGUGACGUAUCGCCCACGAGGCGUAUUCCGCGGACGCAUGUACGUGCCCGGACGGGGAGAGGACUGCGGCGCGCGGGGGAUGGGGGAUACUACCGCAGUUAAGCUCAAUCUGCCACUUUAUGGAGGCUGCGAUGUCAACUUUGCGUACGGUAUCUCCAAUGGACCUGGUGGAGUCGUCAAUCGUACUAUGGCAUACGCGAUAGUAAUGAUUCAAAACAACCCCAUCAUCCAGACAGCUGGAGACCGGUGGGUUCGAGUUGGCUGCUCCCCAGGCUCGGACUCUCAAAGCUUUACGAAGGUCGACGCCACUGUUGCUGUCAAAGAUACAGGCAAGCCAUCGCUAGCGAGCGAGUCAAUCCAAGCGGGCGGUGCUAGCGCGGUGUUCAGCCGCCACGUUGCACCGCUUAGCAUGUACGUGGUGCGCGUGCAGGACGACGCUACCACCGCUGUGAGGCUGGGCGACUUGCUCGACCUGCACAUCGAUACCACUGAAGGUACAGAUGGAGCAGAGAUCGAAGCUUACCAUCUCGUUGCAUCAUCGAGGCUUGGUGAUAGUUCCGUGCUAUUGCUGGACAGUAGGGGCUGCCCCACGGGUCAGGUCGACUUCCCCGCAUUCACCCGCACGUGGCUCGACGGCACGCAGCGACUUUCCGCACGCUUCAGGGCGUUCAGAUUCCCCAACUCGCACGUCGUGCGUUUUGCACUCAUGGUGCGCUUCUGCGAAAACAAGUGUGCACCGCCGAACUGCAGCUCGCAACCAGUUAGAGCAGCGCGACAAUCGAACUACACAUCGUUUUGGAACAGUCCGGACAGCGGGGCCCCUGGGGCUGUGCGGCAGGUGGUGGCGUCAAGAGGUGGGGACGGGGCGGGCGCGCGCGUACCGCUCGAGCUGGAGAUGCUCGUGGGCUCGAGGGACGUGCUCUCCGCCGACACACUCGUACGAGCUGAUCACCGGGCGGCGAUACCGGAGCUCCCGGCAGCGGACGGUGCGCUGGUGUGUGUUCACGAGCUGCUGCUGGUAGCGCUGCUGCUAGCCUGGCUGGCGGUUCAGAUCAUCUUGUUGCUGGGCUGCUGCGUAUUAGUAAAAAGGUAUCGAAACCUUGCAGAAAUGAGUAUGCAGAAGGACUACCAGUCCUUUGACAAUGUGGGUUUCGAGACCAGCUCGACACAUCGCCGUGUGCAUUGGCCUGAUCAAACUAUCGACAUAUUGCACACUACUUGA